AUGGUGAACGUAGCAUAUCGAGGGUUGCCGCAUUAUGAAUGGGACAAUUUUAUUGCUGCUAUCCGAUCGAGACCUGCACUAUGGAAUGUUGACAGCAAUAAGCAAGCAACACCAAAGGUGAAACAGCUGAAUCAGCAACAAUGGCAAGAAGUCAGCGAAUUAUUCGGAAUAACAGUUGAAGAAGCGAAACUGCAGUGGAACAAUGUGUGUUGCAUCCACCGUCGACUGCACCACUCAUUGGAUGACAAGCAUUUUGUGACGAUUGACAAUGUGAACGCAACACUAGAUGAGCGUUGGACUCUGUGUUACGAUUACUUGGCGCAUAGCAUUUCACAUUUUGUACACGAUGAACUGAACUUUUUGCUGAAAUAA